UUUUGUGGUAACAACGCUUAGAAGGCACUUAACCCAUUCACACACUCUUCUGGCCUUUGUAUUCGUUAUUAACAUAUCUAAUCCAUCUGCAUCCCGUGAGAGAGGCUAUUGUCCUAAUUUUCCACUGGAAGGAAUCAAGAUCAGACUCCUUGGAUAAUUUGCCCAAGGACACCAAUUCGAAAGUGCACUUCGGGACCCCAGCCUGGGAGGAUGGUGUGUAUCCCUUGCAUCGUCAUUCCAGUUCUGCUCUGGAUCUACAAGAAGUUCCUGGAGCCGUACAUAUACCCUCUGCUCUCCCCCUUUGUUAGUCGCAUGUGGCCUAGUAAAGCCCUCCGAGAAUCCCACGACAAAAACAAAGACCAAGUAGACUGCAAGGGUACAGACAUGAAUGGAUUACCAACAAAAGGACCAAUGGAAAUCUCUGAUAAAAAGAAAGACUAAAGUGCUUGUCCCAAAGGAUCGCAUUGUUUAAAAAUGGACCUGAUAAUAUGAAGCACCUUGCUUGUAAUUGUCUCUGACCUUUUUCUCUGAGACCAGGAUUCCGGAUAGAUAGCUUAGCUGCUUACCUGAUACUAAUCAGGAAAUACGUGAUAUUUGUAUUUAAGAUGUGUUUAGUGAGUUGUAUUUAAUGAUCUCAUUCCUGAGUUCCUUUUUCAUUAAAGUAGCUUUAAUUUCUCUUAUUACAGUUACGAAGAAAUAAAAGGGUUGUGCCUGUAGACACGGCUACUAAAUCAGUACUCAUAAAUCCUUGGACCUCUGGCUUUUGUUCAGGCUCUUUGAAUUUGAACAGAGCAUGUUGUUACUGUGAAACAGUGCAGUGAGACUGUGCAGUGAAAGGAAAGUGUUUGGAGGGAUGAUGAGGACUUGAAACUUAAAGAUAUAAUUACUGUCUAAUACAACAGAGAAGCUUACUCAGGAGGGUAGCAAUUACUGCUUAUGGCUCUGAGAAAAUAGAAAAGACAGGGAAAUUGGGGAGACGCCUUUGAGAAAUGGAAUACCUUUUACAGAAAUGUCUAAUAUACACUAAUUCUAAUCCUUGUUGCAUUCCUUCUAUUCUUACGAAGUAUAUUAAAUAUUCUGUUUAGUGUG